AGUAUUAUCUGUACCAGCCUUUUUUUCUUCCUUUAAUUCUUUCAGAAUCUCAUUUAUUGCUGUUCUGAUCAUCAGUAACCAUGGGAACUGCUUGGAUAAACUUGUUUACAACAAGUAAUAUUUUUCCUGCCGAGCCAAGCAUUUAUAGAUGCUGAGCAAUUGAACCACAUGCUGACAAAUCUGUAGGACCAUUCUCACUUUUUGUGAUUUCUUGUACAAAUGAAGAGAAGAGCAGAACAAUAAGCUUCUGUGGCUUAAAAAGAGAGAUUUGCUAAUUACUAGAGCAGCAAUGGAUUGCUCUCAGGUGGUGAGAGAGAGGAAGAGGGAUGUUACUAUCUACCAGAAGUAUAUUAACAUUUCUCCCUUUUGGUCAGUCUUUGGGCACCUGACAAUCACUGGUCAUCUUACAUCCUGAUAAUCGUUGUAGACUCAUUCCAGGUUGGAAGGGACCUCAAGGAUCAUCUGGUCCAGUCCUUGCUGGUGAAAGCACAGUCUGGAUGAGUCACCAUCACCCUGUCCCUGCCGAAUCUUAAGUCUCCAAUGCUGGGGAAUCCACCACUUGCCACAUAAUGGAUUAUUCUCCUUGUGGAAAGUUUUGUCUUGUGUCCAGUUGGAAUCUUCCCAAGUGUAACUUUCACAUAUCACUCCUCACUUUUCCAUAAGACUCCUUAUGAAAAGGGAAUCUCCAACUUAUUAGUAGACACCCUUUAAAUACAGGAACACAGUAAUAAGGUGUGCCUAAGCUUAUUUUCUCCCAGCAGGAAAAGUCCAGUUUUCUCAGCCUUUCCUCAUGUGACAGGCUACCCAGUAAUUUGGUCAUCUUUAUUGUCCUUUACUGCACCUUCUCCACCCUGUCCACAUCUUUUUUGUAUAGCAGGGACCAAAACUGAACACAAUAUUCAGAUGUGGCCUGACCAGAACUGAGUAGAAUGGCAUAGUUACUUUAUUUCUCCUGGCAUUGAUGCAGCCAAGUCUUGUAUUGGCUUUCUUUGCUACAGCAACAAACUGUUCACUCACACUGAACUGCUUGUCCACCAGGACCCUCAGAUGCUUGUCCAUCGAGCUUUUCCUUAGCCAGGUAGAUCCCCAGGCUGUGCUUCUCUCCUGGAUUAUGUUUUUCCAUGUGCAGGACCUUAUAUUUGUCCUUACUGAACUUCAUAAGGCUCUUGUUAGCCUAAUUUUUUAGCCUGUCCAGGUUUUCCUGCAGGCUGGCUCUCGCUUCCAAAGUGUCCACUGCCCCACUCAGUUGGUAUCACUGACAAACUUCAUCUGAGUACAUGAAGCUGAUCCCGUAAUCCCAACCACUGAUGAUGAUACUAACAGCCUUGGGCCCAGUGUUGUUCCCUGAGGGACUCCACUUGUGGCAGUUGCCAGGGUGAGAGGGAACAAUUUCCCACCACCCUCCAGGUGUGGCUGGGCAGCCAGUUUCCAGCCCACUGCAUGGAUCACAGAUCCACACCAUCACAUACGCAUUUCUGUAGGAGGAGGCCAUGGGAAACCAUAUCAAAAGCCUGGGAGAUACCCAGGUAGACAACAUUCCUGCAGGCUCCACAUCAGCCAAGCAGGUUCAUUUGUUGUAAGAGGCAAUCAGGUUUGUUAAGCAAAAUGUGUCCUUGGUCAAUCUCUGCUGGCUUUUCCUAAUCAUGGACUCCAUUUGACUUGUAACAGCGCCCAGGAAAAUUUUUUCCAUAGGUUUCCCAGAGAAUGAAGUAAUACAGAUGGGCCUAUAGUUUUCUGAGUCCUCUCUAAAGUCCUCGUAGACAGGAGUGACAUUAGCCUUCUUUUAGUCUUCUUGGAUGUCCCCCAAAUACCACAACUCAAAAAUUAUGGAGAGUGCCCCCACAGCUAUAUGGGCCAACUUUCCUUGGUUGGAUACUGUCAGAGCACAUUGAUGUGUAGAGGUCAAGCUCCUUUAAUAGCUCACACACCAACCAUUCCUUCACAGAUACUGGGUCUGUGUUUGCAUCAGCCAGGAUUUUUUCACAAGACGUGAAGCUGAUAGAAGGACAAGGAUGAAGAAAGUGUUGAGUACCUGUGCCUUUUCAGCCUUGUUGGUGACUAAUUAAUCUCUCUUGUUAAACAGCAGGAAAAUACUUUCCUUCGGUUUCCUCUUGUUUACAUACCUAUCCUGGUUUCACCUGGCAUAGAAUUUAUUUUCAUCCUUGUACCUGGCACAAUGCUCUGUUUUAAAUUGGUAUGAGAAUAAUGUUGAUUACACCGUAAUGUUUUAGUUCUUGCUAAGUUGUGUUUGCCCAACAGCAAAGACUUUUCAGUGCUCCAUGCUCUGCCAGUGAGAGGCUCCACAAGAAGCUGUGGGAGGGCAUGGUCAGGACAGCUGACCCCAGCUGGUCAAAGGGAUAUUCCAUACCACAGAAGGCCCUGCUCAGUACAUGAACUGGGGUGGGGGGUGGUUGGAAGGGACCUGUUGCUGCUUGGGGCUGCACUGAGGUCAGUGGUGGUAAGGAAUUGUUUUGUGUAAUUGCUUGUGUUUCUUAGGUUUUGUUCCUCUCUCUUAUUUUCCUGUUUUCAUUUUACUUUAUUAUAUUUAAAUCAUUAAACUUUUCUUAUCUCCACCCAUAGGUUUUAUUUUUUUCCCUGAUACUCUGCUCUGUUCCACUGGGAUGGGGUGUAUGCAUGGUACUUUGUCAUGGUCUAAGCCAUGAUAGUACUUGCAGAACUCUUGUAGUUUUUGACAUCUCACAAAUUUCCAUUUGAGCUGAGGUUUUCCUUUUCUAACUUCAUCUCUGCACACACUCGCCAUGGCCUUAUGCUUACUUGGAUGUAAUCCUGAAACCCAGAAGAUGCACAGAGAACUGUGACAAGGUGUUUGGUAAGUUUUCCAUUCCUCCUUUAUCAAGAUUGAAGAAGUUGAGAUAGGAAUGCACCGUGGGGCCAUUCUAGCGUUUUAAGUAGCCAGAAGUGGCUGGAAUGGGUGCUGCAAUGUCUGUGGGGGAGAGUACUUAGAAAGUUUUACAGUUAAAGGGAAGGGUUUUUUCUCUUUUUUAUUUUAUGGUAAAGCAGUUAUAGAUAGCCACCUAUUUGCUGUUUUGAUCCUUCUUCCUUUCCCUUUUCUCCUAGGUGAAGGAUAUCAAAUAUUGAAUGGUACAAAUAUUCCUGGUAUAACUUGUGCCCUACCGAGAUUUUCCCUGACCUGGAGGAGUUUAGUCCUGAGUGAUUCUUCCCUGAACAUUAUAAGGAAAAGUACCUGUAUAGUUCCCAAAUAUUUAAUGUUGUUGACAGUUUUCAUGCAUCCAUCACUUUGUAACUGACAUUUCUGGUUUCACUAGGGGCUGAUGUGAAGAAUAUUUCACCCCUAUUUUCCCUUUCAAUCUUGUGAUUGUUUUCAUGGUAGGCUUUUCAGCUGAGUGAAGAUGUCAUGGUGUCAGUAGCAGGGCUGCUACUGGGGUGGCCUCUCUGAGAAAAGGCUAGAGAGGAGAACACAGUUCCUGCUGGCUCCACUCUGGAUCCACUGCAGGACAGAGCUGAGCUAAGCAGCCAAACCAGUGGCACUUCAGUGAAAAAGUAUUUACAAGUGUACAAAAAAAACUAAGAGAAGUGUGGGGAGGGAAAAGAGAGAGAAACAGCAAUGCAAACACCAAGCUCUGAAGGGGGAGGAGGGAAUGGUCCAGGUUCCAGAGCAGAGAUUCCUCAGCAGCAUGUGGAGAAACUGUGCUGGAGCAGAAGAAAAGAAUGAGGAGGGAGCAGCAGACAGGAACUUUUGUCUUUGUUUUUAGCUUCCUCAUUAUCUGUUUUUAACUGCCUGUAAAUUAAAUUGAAUUUCCAAAUUUGGCUCUGUUUUGCCCAAGAUGGUAACCAAUAAGCAAUCUUUCAGUCUAUUUUGGCUCAUAAGCUUUUGUGUCCUGUUGAGGGAGAGGAGUGAAUGGGAGGUCUGACUGCUGGCCAAGGCUAACCCACAUCAGCUUCUAAGAGGAUGUACAGCUAUGACUGUGUUAUGUGCAUGCACAUGAAAUUUGGACAAAGAACUUCCUAGAGCAAAUACUGAUACCAAAUCUUCCAUGCUGCAAGAAUGCAGGUAGCAGAUUUGCAGUGCUGUGCUUCUGUGCCCCACAAGUUUUUCCUAGCCUUAAACUGCCCUGUUUAUUCAUUCUUCAUGACUUCUGGCUCACUUCAUGUAGUGUGUUUCAUGCUGCUACAUGCUUUCUUUAAACUUGCUGGAGUUUAGCAAGGGAGGCCCUGUACAAUCUAGCCAAAUCACAGAGAAGUGGGCGGAAUCUUCAAUUGUGACCUUGGAGGAGUUGUGAUCAUCCAGCUUGGGAGUGUGUCCUUUCCUGGAAACAUUGAUAAAUAAACACAGGUGUGGUGCUUUGGUAGCUACUUAAUGUUGUCUAUUAGUUAUGCAAACACAACUAGCACCUUAUCAGAAUUGCUGUGAAACAGUAGUCCAUGUUCUGGGGCAUGAGUGGUGGUCUCUGUUAUUGCAAGUCACAAUUUUAUCCUGAUAGGGAAGAUUAUGAUUUCUUAGCGGGCAGGCUUUUGUAUUCUGUUACGGAUAAUUCAUUCAUGUAAAAUGUCUUGUAGUGAAGGAGCAAAACAAUUGCUGCUGUACAGUGAACCCUAGAUUGCAGAAACCAAGCAAGGUAUGCUUGAUGGAGGUGGCAUCAAACCAAUCAGUGUCUCUGAAAAACAGCUGUGGUCUCUGUCACAAAUGCUGUUAAUGUCCUUUACCUGUGUGAGAAAGCGCCCACAGAAGGAUUUGAAGCUGGAGUCUUCCUCAGGAUUUGUUCUUGGAAGACUAAACUUCGGGUGUGAACCUUUAGUAGCCUUGUUUGGGCAUGAAAUUUAGUAUCAGGUCCUAAAAUUCCUCUCUGAGAACUGGGGAGAUCUCUGAGCUCUCCACCUGUCCAGCUGAUGACAUAUUUUGAAAUGGAGACAUACUGUGUUACGUUUUCUUUGUCUAGGUGAUGGCUAUUGAUGUCUACAUAUAGCCUCUUUAUUUUAGAGUAGCUUUCUGCAUAAGGGUUAAUCAUGUUGCAAUGGUGUGUGUUUAGAAAGAGAAAAGCUCUUGCUAAGAAAGCCUUAAGAAAAAAACAAUUUUUCAGAAUGGGUUGUGUACUUUUCUGUACAGCUUGUCUGCUGAUCUAUUCAGCUUGUACUUCAGCUUGGCUGCUGAGCUCAGCUAUGUUCUGCAGUGGAUCCAGAGUGCAGCCAGCAGGAACCCCCCCUCUGUUGUAUCAGAUCCGCUUUAGACUUGAUUUGCUUUGAUUUUGUUUUGUUUUGGUUUUUUUCUUGCUGCUAAUGAUGAUUUUAUUAGUUUUUCUUAUUGAAGAAUCCAGGCUUCAUUCUAGGGACCAGCAGAAGCCUGUGUUGUCAUUGUGUUUCAUGGCUGACACAGCUGCCUAACAAGUUGCUUGUCUUCUGCCAGCACAGGUAGAUUGGCUUCCACUUAGGCAAGAGGCUGAAGAAGAGAAGGUUUGCACUGUUACAAGCAUUUAUAAAAACAAAGAUUCACUAACCAGUGGAGUGCUCACAGAAAUCCAACACUGAACAAUAGUUCCCAGGGUAAAAAGGAAAUGCUGAUCACAAUCUGGUAGAAAACUUAUUUCCUACAGAACAUCCUCCAAGUUUUGUUAUGAUUCCAGGUCUUGGUGACAUAAUUAGGCCUCAAAGAUGCUAGACCUCUCAUUUCUUGUUUGUUGGGUAUAUAUCUUUUAUGUCUCAUUCCGGUGUUUCUGCUGGUUUUUAUUAACAUCAUCACUGUUGCCAGCUGCUGGCAGGAUGCUGCAAUGUUUGCUUUGCAGUGUUCCCUACUGCUUUCCCAAUGCCUUUCCACCUUCUUGCUGUUUCACAGGAUUUUUUUGGUUUUUGGUGUUUGGGUUUUUUGUUUUUCCUGUAGAAGGAGUAAUCAGCAGUUAGAAGCAGAUUUUUGACUCAGAAGCACAGAUAGUCACUUAAUCUAAUUAUUGGUGCAUUUAGGGCAAAUUUAAGGCAACAAACUGCAAGACUUUUUGUAAAUAUGAGAGUAUAAUUAUUCAGCUGAUCUCUGUGUUAGAAAUACAAAAGGCGAGUCUCUUUGUCCUGUGUGCUUGCUUCCUUCCUAGGCUGUCACCUGAACAAAAGAUGGGACUGAUGGUUGUCUAACUUGCCUAUGUGUUUGCAAGACUGGGCAGAUAUCUGCUGCUUUCUGUCACAAACCAUUACAAAUAACAGCAAGGGUAACAAAGUUCAUUUCCAGCUGUUUACUGUGCAGAAAGAUAUAGCAGUCAGCGUUUAUGAUAAAGUCUCUGCUGGGAGAUUGCAAGAACAAAGUGCCAAAAUUUACUCUCCUCUGAUGCCAAGGGUCACAGAAGCUUACUUAACUUCUGAUGUUCUGAGUUUUCUGUUAGUUUUUAUCUUAGUUGUUUUGUUUAUGCUAUUUGUUGAUUUGCUAAAAAUGCUUUUGCAGUCAGUGCAGUCAUUUUUGGUACAAAGCGAAGAGGAUAAAUGUGACUAUGGCCAUACACACAUACCAUUUGUGCUUUAUUUUGAGGGUGAAGUUUUGUGAAUUGGCUGUGAACCAUGCUGCCUCUACCAAAAUUCUGUUUGACCAAAAGGUUUCUGAGCACCCACUUUGAGAAACAGAUGCUGAGUAGCCCUGCAGCAGUGAGAAGAGACCCUGGAUCCUCCUGAGGCGGGAGGGACAGUAGUGUAUAUGGUGGGUUUGGUACUGUGAGUACCCAGGCACUUUGCAAGUUGGGGCACGGGUGCUGGUGCUGCCAGUUGUUUUACUGGUACCUUUUAGCCUGUGCCUGCCUGAGCAUUCAACAAUGAGAUCAGUAAAGGCCAUUUGAGCUGAGAAGCAUCAGUAUGCUUUGAGGUGCUGCUGUUGAUCAGGGUCUUUAUGGGCUUUGGUUUUUGUAACCCUUUGAAGCCAUCAAACCAGCUGAAAAAGGGUAUUCUCUAUCUGGCCCUUUAGUUAUGUUGGACAGCACUGGAGCAGUUCUCUAUGGCAAAAUGGUGUUGAGCACCUGAGAACAGAUUGAGAAAGAUGAUAUUGAGAAAACUCAUCUAUCCCAAAUCAGCAAAAAGGUGUUUUUUCUCUUGAUGGUACUUUGUUUUUAUCUUGUGAGGUAUUGCAUGGCCUGCAAAGAAGGUUCUCGCUCAUCACUUGGCUCGAACCGACUGUUCCCUCUGGCUUGCCUGCCACCAGGAAAUGCUAGAAUGCAGCGUCUCCGUAAGAGUGUCUUUCAACUCUGUUUAUUUUCUUGGCAAGAAGCUACGCCAGUGGCUUGUGGGGUGGCUCCGCCUCCUGCUCUUCUGGCCAACUUUUCUGCAGUGCCGAGUACAGGCAGCGCCAGUUUCGCAGCAGGGAUCAAGGCUCAGGGCAGGAGGCUGAGAGGUGAUGAUGGAUGUCGUGGAAGAACUCUCAGGGAGACCCCAGCUGCUGCCAUGGGGAGCUGGCAUCAUUGCUCUGCUUGUGACAAUAGUGACUGUGUGCUCCCUGCCCUCCCUGAUGGAAUACUGGAGGCAAUGGUGGAUGCUGAAGUCCAUCCCGGGUGCCAGCCCCUGCUAUCCUGUGCUGGGAAAUGCCCUGCUCUUCGAGCGGAAAGGAGAAGAUUUUUUUAAACAGAUAGAGUUUUAUAGUGAAAAGUUCAGAAGUUGGCCACUGUUCAAACUUUGGAUAGGACCAGUGCCUGUCAUAUUUUUGUAUCACCCUGACAGUGUGGAGGCUAUUCUGAACAAUUCAAAACAUAUAGAAAAAUCAUACCUAUACAAAUUCCUACAUCCAUGGCUGGGCACUGGACUUCUGACAAGCACUGGAGACAAGUGGCGGUCACGGAGGAAGAUGAUAACUCCCACAUUCCACUUUUCAAUCUUGAGUGACUUUCUAGAGGUCAUGAAUGAGCAAGGAAAUAUUUUGGUGAAGAAACUUGAGAAGCAUGUUGACAAGGAGCCAUUUAAUGUGUUCAUGGACAUCACUCUGUGUGCCCUUGAUAUUAUUUGUGAAACAGCAAUGGGCAGGAAUGUGGGUGCCCAGAAGAAUAAGGAUUCUGACUAUGUUUCUGCUAUCUACAGGAUGGGUGAUCUAAUCCAACGGCGACAGAUGAGCCCUUGGCUUUGGCCUGACUUUUUGUAUGUGUUGUUCAAAGUAGGAAGAGAGCACAAUAGGAAGCUCAACAUCCUUCACAAUUUUACAGAUAUGGUCAUUGCAGAAAAAGCUGAAGAACUUAAAAACACCCAGCAAAAGAAACAUGAUAAUGAUGGUAACUCUGAAGAAAGUGGUUCCAAAAAGAGAAAAGCAUUCCUGGACAUGCUGCUGAAUGCAACAGAUGAUGAAGGGAAAAAAUUGAGCUACAGGGACAUUCGUGAGGAAGUGGAUACUUUCAUGUUUGAGGGCCAUGAUACAACAGCAGCUGCUAUGAACUGGGUCUUGUACUUGCUUGGACGUAAUCCAGAAGUUCAGAAGAAGGUUCACAGGGAAUUGGAUGAGGUGUUUGACAAUACUGAACGUCCUGUUACAACGGAGGAUUUGAAGAAUCUUCGAUACCUUGAAUGUGUUGUGAAAGAAGCUCUUCGUCUCUACCCUUCAGUUCCCAUGUUUGCUCGUUCCUUGAGAGAGGAUUGCUUCAUUAGAGGAUAUCAGAUACCAAGAGGUGCAAACGUCCUCGUUUUAACUUAUGCCCUGCAUAGAGACCCUGAGAUCUUCCCUGACCCGGAGGAGUUCAGGCCUGAGCGAUUCUUCCCUGAAAAUUCUAAGGGAAGGCAUCCAUAUGCUUAUGUGCCCUUCUCAGCUGGUCCGAGGAACUGCAUUGGUCAGCGCUUUGCACAAAUGGAGGAGAAGACUCUUCUAGCCCUCAUCCUGCGUCGCUUUUGGGUGGAAUCGUGUCAAAAGCCAGAAGAGCUUGGUUUAUGUGGAGAAUUGAUUCUUCGUCCAAAUAAAGGCAUCUGGAUUAAACUGAAGUCUAGGAGACCAAAUACUGGAUCAGAAUAAAAGGAAUUUCAAGAGUUUACUUCCAAAAGUUUUCAAUCUAUUUAGGCUGAGACAUAUUUUAAAAUCAAAUAUUUUGAUGUCAGUCCAGAAAUUUGUUAAAACUAGUUGCUAGUUUUAUUAAAGAAGAUGCAGUAAUUAGCCCUAGUUGCUCUACUUUUAUACUGCUUGUGAACUUCAUGUUAAUCUUUGAAAUGCAAGCCUUUAAUCCUUAAAUUUUAGUGCCUUAUCGGCUCAGAUGAAACUAUUCUAUUGCCACAGUGCCAUAAAAACUGAGCUAUGGUAAUAACAGCAGCAAUGCCUGUGAUGAAGUGAUCACCUUACAUGCCAUAGCAUUUUCCAAGUAACUGGGAAGUCUCAAGUGUUUGUAAGGUUUUCAGGUUUCUUUUUUUCUGAAAAAUACAAGGGAUAAUCCUUCUUCUUUGCAUUUUUUUUUUUUUGGUGAUGAUUGCCUCUGUAAAGACCACACAAAAAUCUGUGAUCAUUUCACUCCUUCUUGGAAGCAUUUAAAGUAGUUUGUAAGAAGGGAGUGGUCUGAAUUAUUUUUUAGCAAACUGUACCAAAAGGAUUAACCAUAGCAGGAACUAGACCUUAUGCAAAUUACACACAGGAUUUCAUAAUGACAACAGCAAUGUAUUAUUACAAAUUUUGAGAAUAAACUCAUACCAUGCCUCAAUGUGGACUGAAAUGGUACCUGUUGAUAUUGCAUGCCUCUGUGCAGGUAAAUUGCUGAUGAAUAAUUGUUUCUUAGCAUCAGUUCCUCUAGGGUGAUCAAUCAACUAGAUUUUACCGUGCUGGUCAAAGCCAGUGUGCUCUUGCCUUCGAGUGCCCUAAAGGCAACCUACAGAGUUUUUUGCUAAUUGAUGUUGAAGAGGAAUUACAGUGAUAGAAUGAAGUGCCUGUCAAAGUUUCUGAUUGUACCUUCAUGACUGAUCAAAGUCUGCUGCAGGCCAUACAGCUGGAGAACAGACUCUCCAUGAUUUUUGCAAGCUCUGAAGAAAAAGCUGGUGCUAAACCAAGCUGAUGUCCUCUAGCUGGUCUGGCUUUACUGGUCCCCUCUGCUUUUGGGGCUUCUUUUGACUGGUGUGUGUUGCUCCAGCACAAUACCUGGCGCUGUACAAAGAGGGGUGCCCACCAAUAACCACACUCGUGCCUUUGGUUGUUCUUGCCUCUUGGUGCUGAGGGCUAUUGGUGUGUUGUUGCCUUUAUGUUGCUCUUGGGCUGUGGGCAGCCUGCAGAGGGGGACUGGAUGAGAAGCUGGGGGUCAGAGCUGAUAAAACUAAUAUGGACUGGUCCAGAAAUGAUUAAUGUGUUACAAAGUAGGAAAGGAGUAAUCUGUUCUUACUCAUUUUGUUGACAUUUACAUAUUUUUUUCUCUUGUCUGUUUCUGUUUCCUUUCAACAACACUUAGUCACUUAAUACCUAGGAUACUGCUGUACUUUGCAGAAUAUCAUAAUAAUGACAAAAUAAUUUAUAUUUUUUCCAAAUAAAUUAGAGGUUUCCUUGAACCUGCCAAACUCUAUGUAUUCUGAUAAGCCUAGGUUUAACUUUUUCUGAGGAUUUACCUAAAAGAAAGUGUGUAACAAUUAGUUUAAAAAAUGAAAUCACAUAUCUUGAUGAAUAGUCUACAAUCACUAUAUUUAUUUUACCACUAAGACAAAAGAGCCUUUAACAAUAGUAAUACUUGCAUUCUUCAGUCUUCUUUUUCAAAGAUAGGUUUCAUUGCUGUAUAAUAACAAGAAUUUCAGUUUCCAGGGCUCAAUCUAAACAUUGUCUUCUUUAUAAUGAGAUAACUUUUGAGACCACCUCCAUAUGUGAAUGGAUAUAAUACACAUGACACAAGUUUUCCAAAGAGACUCAAAAUUAAGGAAUUAUUUCAUGGUUUUACAUACUUGGCAGUGUGAAUUUUCAAGGUAAAUAAGAUUAGUACCCAGAAUAUGUUUUCUCAGGAAAUUUGGCAUGUAGUUGAAACCUGGAGAGGUACCUCAUGUCUUAAGGUAUGUGCUUAAGUUAAGGAGUUUCAAGAAAAAUGGAAACUAAUAUUACUUCCUUUCUUUCUGUGGGAUGUUUUUUGUAGAAAAUACUUGUAAGAUAGACCAAAUUAUAACUUUAUUUUUCAAUAAGAUAAUUCUUACGAAUCCUAUCUACACUGAUCAAUCUUUUUUCUUGCACUGUGCUUUUUUCUUGUACCAUGCUCUUCUCAUAAAAUGUGUGUGUAUCUCCUGUUAUUUCUUUAUACUCUUCAAAAUGGACAAGAAAAUAAUUGAGACAAAAACUGGAUAAAACUAUAAAAAGAAACUCGUUAUGAAAAGUGCACGGGCUGAAAUGCUGGCACGAGGAUGCCAAUGUGAAAAAUCCCUAUUUAGUGAUGCAAAAAGUGUCUUUGCCAAGAUGAGCACUGAUGUAAUCCUAUAAUCUUUGUGUUGUGAGCUGCUCUGAAAUGGCAGUGAUCUCUUAUCUUCUGUUGUGAACAUUGGUUCUGAAGCAAUCUGAUGCUGCUAAGGAAAUAAAUAUUAAAUAAAACAGUACUGAACACAGUACUGAACAUACUGCCAACUUUGUGCCUGUUGGGUAGAUGUUAAAUACCUUGCAUUGUCUAGUGUGUUUUUAUUAGGUUAAAUCAUGUGGCGUGUAGUGUUGGUAGUGGUCAGCAGCAAUCCUCUGGAUGUGGGGGUUUGUUUGUUAUUUUUGUGGGGUUUUAUUUUGUUUGACACUUGGUUUGAGGUUUUAUUUGGGGGAUUGUUCCUGUAGGAUUGUGGCAUGCAGCACGGCAUUGCAGGUCUCCUGAUAAAAUAAUGGGACAAUAAAAUAUUGUGUAAUAAAAAUUGCAUGUGCAUA